AUGGUGGCGAGGGCAAGCGGCGUCAUGCUGGGCAUGCUGGCUCUGGCGCUGGCACUGGUGGUGUUGGUGGGAAGGUAUGAAGUGAUCCCCAUCAUGCUAGCAGGAAAGGGAAGCGCCCAUGCUGGCGGCAAGCAGCAGGUGUUGGCUAGUCCGAAUUGGUUGGAGGUCGCCACAAACAUCCAGAAGAGCGGAUACGUAGCUGGCGAUCAGGAGAGCAGCGUGGAAGAAGCGAGACUGUUGAGAGGCAAGCUUCAAGAUGCGCAAAAGGAGCUCGAGGAUGCGUGGAAACAGCUAGAAAUCGCGGAAGGAGGGAGCAUUGGCAAGGACGAUAUGAUUGUCGGGACGAAAGUGAGCCCAAUGGAGGAGGUGAAGGUCAAGCAGGACGGAGCUCGGAUCUGGUUCUCAAAGACCAACGUCAAGAAUGGUGAGACGGUGAGGAUUCAUUGGACCGGGAUACUCGGGGGUACUGCUGAUGACUUCAUUGCUCUGUACCUCUCGCCCGAGUCCGACAACCACGACUACCUCGAGAAACACCCGGUGACGGAGUGCAGCACAUGGUACGACGGUCGAGGAUGGAUCAACAUCAGGCUCUUCAACCAUCGCGUGCCUGGAGGCUACGAGGUGCGGUACUUCCGCAAGGGCAGCUUCCCCAACGACAGAGCGCUGUUUGUAAGUACGGACUCCAACCUGGGUUCGAUGGUGUUCUGCCCCAACCACCACUGCCACGAGAACGUCUUCUUCCUCGUCUCAGUCAGUGGGACCAGGCCGAGCUUUCCUGCGCAUGAGCCCACACAGGUGAGACUCUCCAUGACCUCGGAACCGACCGAGAUGCGGGUUAUGUGGGUAUCAGAAGCAUGCCCUGGGAAGCCGUUUGGAGGGGCUGUGGUGCUCUUCAGUGAGGAGUCUUGCGUGAGUGAGGCAGGAGAGGAGGUCCCUCACUGCAGGUAUGAGCAUCGAGUUAAGCCCUCCUUCACCACUUACACGGCCGAUGACCUCUGCGGAGCCCCUGCGAACACGGAACGAGCACAGAACUUCCUGGAUCCUGGUUACAUUUAUGACGCCGUCAUGACAUCGUUGGAGCCGGGUCGAAGAUACUUCUACAGGGUAGGAUGUCAAGAUGCUCCUGGAGGAUGGUCUGCCGCAAGUUUGGGACAUGCGAACGUGAAGGGAUGGCCGGCGGGGCUGAUGAUGAGCGAUGAGAUGUCUUUUGUCGCUCCUCCCUGGGUGGGCAAGGAGCAGGAAGUGAGCUUCAUCGCGUAUGGAGACUCGGGGGUCAGCGUCUUCCAGGGCAACGGCCACACGACCAACAACGCGCCUGAGAACGUCAACAGCGAGAUCCUGAAGCACGUCAGCUCCGGCUCGGCCGGGAUGGUACUACAUCUGGGAGACAUCAGUUACGCCAUGGGGAGGGCGUACGUGUGGGAGCAGUGGGGGAAGCUGGUCGAGCCGAUCGCCUCGCAAGUCCCGUUUAUGGUGACGGUGGGCAACCACGAGUAUGAUCACCUCCCUGGGACCUCCUUGUCCCUUAUUCCCCCGGCGUCCUCGGCCAGGAUGCACUACAGGACUUGGUCGACCCCCGACUACCCCUUCCCUACGUCCCUGGAGCGGGUGAAGGGGACAAUCAUCCGAGGAGGAGGAAACUACUUCAAGGGCACGUCGCUCGCCGCUGACUUCUGCUUCUCCUCCAAGCCGGACGGUCAGGAGAUCGUCAGUGGGAAGGUGCUCUACGAGCACAAGAUCGUAGUGCUCUACUCCAGCAGCUGCUCCAUCCUGUCUCAGGCGAGUGUCGCGGAGCUCUAUGGUGCUUCUGCUGUUAUCAUUAUCACCCCGGAGCAGGGUGCGUUGCAGCUGGCAAGGAACGAGUCCGAUCCUAGCUUCGUGGGGGAUGCGACGAUCCCCGUGGUGCUGAUGUCGCAGGAGGAUGGGAAGGACGUGAUCGAGUGGAUAGACGAUCACUCAGUGCGAGGACAGGAAAUGCAGGCGGAGAUCAGGUCCAGCUACAAGCUUCAAGCCAACGAUCCCUCUCUCCCCGACGCUGUCAAGGCGCGGGAGCCUGCAGGCUUCCACCCUAGCUGGGGAAACUAUGGAGACGACGGAGGAGGAGAGUGUGGAGUACCCUUUUCCAAGAGGUUUCACAUGCCUGACGGCAAGGGGAACGGCAACUUCUGGUAUUCCUUCGACUACGGCUCGGUCAGGGUCAUCGUGGUCUCGAGCGAGCACGACUACCGCAAGGGGAGUGUGCAGUACAGCUGGAUAAAGGAUACUCUCCUCAACACCGACCGGGCGAUGACGCCGUGGGUGGUGGUGGCCAUGCAUCGCUCCAUCUACGGCAGGAUAGACAACGACAUGGAACAGAACGUCAGCGAUCACAUGCAACAGCAUCUAGAGCCUCUCUUCAGAGAUCACAAGGUGGACCUCGUCUUGUCAGGGCACGAGCACAGGUACCUCAGGACGGCGCCAGUCUACAAGGACCUGAACAUGCAGUCCUCCGACGAGUUCGGCGUCACCUAUGCGGUCGUGGGGACAGGAGGGGCGCGACUUGUGUACAGAGCGAGAGACGAGGUCCAUCGGCACUUCUACUGUGUCGGGGGCUUGUUCUACAGGCGGCGCUGCGGGCCCUGUGCCUCCGAUGAUUUUGCUUGUUACGACAACGAGAAUUGCUGCCUCAUCCAAGGGACCGAGUACUCCAAGUGCGGGUACUGCGAGAGAAUCAACGCCACAGGUCCAGGCGACUGGCGGCCCAGCUCGCCUGCUGGGCCACGGGACCCGAAGAAGUACGGCUGGCAGAGGAAGAUGCUGUCGGACUUCGGUUUUGUCCGAGUGACAGCGAGCAAGUCAGCGCUGAAGCUCGAGUUUGUGGAGAGCCUCAAGGUGAACCACGAGCCGACCGUCGACGAGCUCGGGCGAUCGCUGCAUCUCGAGCCAGGCGUCCAAGUCGGCUGCAAGGAAGACUGCUCCAUGGACGCGGUGCCAUCGGGGAAGGUUGUGGACAGCGUGACGAUACUGCAGAAGGACUGAAGGGACCGUCUCCUACCUUCGACUUCAUUUAUUCAUUCCUUCUCUCCUCUCCUCUCCUCUCCUUCUCCUUCUCCUCUCCUCCUCUCCCUUUCCUUCUUCCUGUUUUUCCAUCUUGUGUUAUCAAUAAUUUGCUUUCGAGCGCUCCCG